UCACUCACCAUCUCUCUAGCUCUCUCAUACUUCUUCUCACUCUAUUAAUCAAAUUCUCACACAGUCAUUUUCUCUUUUAGUUGCUUUGUGCUAGUUAUAUCUUGAGAGCAAAAAUGGUGGUUUCUACAGAGCAAGAACACCCCAAAAAGGCCUUUGGAUGGGCUGCUAGAGAUUCAUCUGGUGUUCUUUCUCCCUUCAAAUUCUCAAGAAGAGAAACUGGAGAGAAAGAUGUGUCAUUCAAAGUGUUGUACUGUGGGAUAUGCCAUUCGGAUCUUCACAUGGUGAAGAAUGAAUGGGGUUCUUCUACCUAUCCUCUGGUCCCCGGGCAUGAAAUUGUUGGCGUAGUGACAGAGGUAGGAAGCAAAGUAGAAAAAUUCAAAGUUGGAGACAAGGUAGGUGUUGGAUGCAUGGUUGGGUCUUGCCAUUCUUGUGACAGUUGUGCCAACAACCUUGAGAAUUACUGCCCCAAAAUGAUACUCACCUAUGGUUCCAAGUACCUCGACGGAACCACCACAUAUGGCGGUUACUCCGAUAUCAUGGUGGCCGACGAACACUUCAUCGUUCGUGUUCCGGACAGCCUACCUCUUGAUGGAGCUGCUCCUCUCCUAUGUGCCGGGAUUACAACUUACAGCCCCUUGAGAUAUUUCGGACUUGACAAACCUGGUAUGCAUGUCGGUGUUGUUGGUCUAGGCGGUUUAGGGCACGUCGCCGUGAAGUUUGCCAAGGCUAUGGGGGUUAAGGUUACAGUGAUCAGCACCUCCCCUAAUAAGAAGGAAGAAGCUAUUGACCAUCUCCAUGCUGAUUCAUUUUUGGUCAGCCGGGACCAAGAUCAAAUGCAGGCUGCCCUAGGCACAAUGGAUGGCAUCAUCGACACGGUUUCUGCCGUCCACCCUCUUUUGCCUUUGAUUGGUUUGUUGAAGUCUCAUGGAAAGCUUGUGAUGGUUGGUGCACCAGAGAAGCCUCUUGAGCUUCCAGCUUUUCCUUUGCUCAUGGGAAGGAAGAUAGUAGGCGGCAGUUGCAUUGGAGGAAUGAAGGAGACACAAGAGAUGAUUGACUUUGCAGCCAAACACAACAUAACAGCUGACAUCGAGGUUAUCCCGAUUGAUUAUCUGAACACUGCCAUGGAGCGCCUUGUCAAAGCAGAUGUCAGAUACCGAUUUGUUAUAGACAUCGGAAACACACUGAAGUCUAGCUCUUAAAUUUUGUUAGAAGGUCAGCUGUGGUUUUACCUAUUCUAUAAGAGCAUCCCAUUAUAUAUGUUGGGAGUCUAAUAGUAACUGCUAGUCGUGUUGGUCAUGGGAUUGUUGUUCCAUGUUUUCCUGCCCAGUUUGAUCUUGUGAGUUCUAUUUAAAUUGUAUUUUUUUUAUCAGUCAAUGAAUUAAGUUCGAGUUCAGUUUCCAGCAACUA